AUGGGGAAAAAUAAGAUUACUGUUCCAUUAAUUGAAUUUUUGAAAAAUAGAGUUUAUCUUGGAGCAUACGAUUAUGUACCAUCGGAUACGAAAGACCUUGUAUAUUUCACUGUUGAAGACACAUUACCGUAUCAUUCAUUCCAUUUAGAUUUUGGUCCUUUGAACAUAAGUAAUUUAUAUCGCUUUGCCGUAGUUUUACAUAAUAUAUUAAAUGAUGAUUUAAAUCAAGGUAAAGGUGUUGUAUUUUAUUCAUCCACUUCUCCUCAACAAAGAACUAAUGCGGCUUGCUUGUUAUGUUGCUAUAUGAUAUUAGUUCAAGCUUGGUCGCCUCAUCAAGUAUUACAACCAAUUGCACAAUUUGAUCCCCCAUUUGCAAGUUUUAGAGAUGCAGGAUAUUCAAAUGCUGACUAUGAAAUAACUAUACAAGAUGUUGUUUAUGGAAUGUGGAGAGCAAAACAAAGGAGCUUAAUUGAUUUGACUUCUUUCAAUCUUGAAGAGUAUGAGCAAUAUGAAAGAGUGGAUCAAGGUGAUUUUAAUGUCAUUUCAAAAGAUUUUAUUGCAUUUGCUUCACCACAACAAAGUAAAAAAUCCAAUUCUUUAAAUCAACCAUUUAAAAAAGUGUUAUCUUAUUUCCAAAACAACAAUGUUCAACUUGUUGUAAGAUUAAAUUCUCAUUUAUAUGAUGCUAAAGAGUUCACUUCAAGAAAUAUUAAGCAUAUUGAUAUGAUUUUUGAUGAUGGUACUUGUCCUACUUUGGAGUAUGUGCAAAAAUUUAUUGGAGCAGCUGAGUGUGUAAUAAAUAAAGGUGGAAAAAUUGCUGUCCAUUGUAAGGCAGGAUUAGGAAGAACCGGAUGUUUAAUUGGAGCUCAUUUAAUAUAUACACAUGGAUUUACAGCAAACGAAUGUAUUGCAUAUAUGAGAAUGAUCAGACCAGGAAUGGUUGUUGGACCCCAACAGCAUUGGUUAUAUUUGAAUCAAAAUUAUUUUAGGGAUUGGAGAUAUACUAUGGUAUUAGAUAAUAGACCUGAUGAAUUUAUUGGUGGUUAUUUCCCAUUGUGUUCAUAUGAUGAAUUUAAACAAAGAAUGAAAGAACAAAAACGAUUAGCAUUAAAGGAACAACAGCAACAACUUCAGCAACAAAACUCCUCGUUUGCUGCAGUGGAUUCAUCUUUCACAAAUACUCCGAUUAGAAGACGGAAAAUAAGUGGAGCAUUAGCUUCGAAGAUUCAAACUGCAGUUCCAAUGAUAUCACCUGGUCAACCAAGAAAAUAUAUAGAGGAAUCAGAUGAUGAACAAAAUGAUAUUGCAAUAACUAGUAAUUCAGAUGAUGAAAAUGUAAUGGAAGGGAUUAUUAGAAGUACACCAGCAAAAGAAAGCACUCCACAUUCAGAGAGAAGAAUAUUACGUUCCAUAUCAGCAAACACUCAUCAACAACCAAUUCAAUUAACUAAAACUACUACUACAACAACAACAAGGGUCGUAAGUACAACAUUAUCAUCAUCACCUAAUAGUAAUGGAUCACCAACUAAUGGAUUAAAAAUAAAUAAGGCUAGAUCAAUUAAGCCUAGAAUUGGCCUGGGAACUCCAAAUUCAACAAGAGUGAGUUCAGGAGGGGUUAGAAAAAUAAGUGGUAAAAAGUAG